AUGAUGAAGAUUAAAAUCUUACUUUUAAUCUUUGCACUCUUUGCAAUUGCAAUUAAUGCCACAAAUGAACCAAAUUGUGAUGAUGGAAAUCUUUGUACUACCGAUCGAUAUGAUUGUGUAAAUAAGAUUUGUGUCCAUGAAAAGGUAUCAUGUGAUGAUAAUAAUCCAUGCACUGAUAAUAUUUGUGAUGCCAAAAUCGGAUGUUAUUUCCGUUCUCGUAUCUGUACCGAUAAUAACCCAUGUACCGUAGACUCAUGUUGCAACUCUACUGGCAAAUGUUUGUUCACUCCAAUCUGUUGUGAUGACCACAAUUCAUGCACUAUUGAUUAUUGUGACACACAAUCUGGAUGUCUCCACAAGGCCAUGGAUUGCAAUGAUAACAACCAAUGCACUCUUGACUUUUGUGACAAGGAAAAGGGAUGUCAACAUGUUCCAAGAUCAUGUGAUGAUAAUAAUCCAUGUACCUUUGAUACUUGUUCCAACUCUACUGGAUGUUGCAACACUCCAAUAGCCCAUUGUUGUUCAUGCAACGGAGACUGCAAAACCAACAACCCAUGUGAGAUUGCCACCUGCAACAAUGGAAAGUGUAUGAUUACUCAUAACCCAUCAUGUUGCCAAUGUGAUGGAGACUGCAAAACCAACAACCCAUGUGAGAUUGCCACAUGUAAGAAUGGAAAGUGUAUGAUUACUCGUAACCCCUCAUGUUGCCAAUGUGAUGGAGACUGCAAUGAUGGUAACAAGUGUACCAUCAACUCUUGUCAAAAUGGAAAGUGUGUAAAGACACCAAAGAAUUGUGAUGACAGAAACCCAUGUACCUUUGAUACUUGUUCCAACUCUACUGGAUGUUGCAACACUCCAAUAGCCCAUUGUUGUUCAUGCAACGGAGACUGCAAAACCAGCAACCCAUGUGAAAUUGCCACUUGUAACAAUGGAAAGUGUAUGAUCACUCGUAACCCCUCAUGUUGCCAAUGUGAUGGAGAUUGCAAAACCAACAAUCCAUGUGAAAUUGCCACCUGCAAUAAUGGAAAGUGUAUGAUUACUCGUAACCCAUCAUGUUGUACUUGCAACGGAGAUUGCAAAACCAGCAACCCAUGUGAAAUUGCUACCUGCAAUAAUGGAAAGUGUAUGAUUACUCGUAACCCCUCAUGUUGCCAAUGUGAUGGAGACUGCGAUGAUGGAAACAAGUGUACCAUCAACUCUUGUCAAAAUGGAAAGUGUGUCAAGGCACCAAAGAACUGUGACGACAAGAAUCCAUGUACCUUUGAUACCUGUUCCAACUCUACUGGAUGUUGCAACACUCCAAUAGCCCAUUGUUGUUCAUGCAACGGAGAUUGCAAAACCAACAACCCAUGUGAGAUUGCCACCUGUAACAAUGGAAAGUGUAUGAUCACUCGUAACCCCUCAUGUUGCCAAUGUGAUGGAGAUUGCAAAACCAACAAUCCAUGUGAAAUUGCCACCUGCAAUAAUGGAAAGUGUAUGAUUACUCGUAACCCAUCAUGUUGUACUUGCAAUGGAGAUUGCCCUCAAGACCCUAAGCAACCAUGUGCCACCAACACUUGUCGCAAUGGAAAGUGCCAUGUUGAUCACUCCUCAUGUUGCACCUGUGAUGAUAUGUGUCCAAAGAGCCACAACAAAUGCCAAGUAGCUGUUUGUGAUGUCAGAAAGGGAUGUGGAUUUAGAAACGUCGUUUGUGACCAUGGAAAACAAUGUGAUCCAAUCAAGGGUUGUGAUUGUUAA